CACAUCGCUGUUACUAUAAAGGGAUGUGAGGCUCAUCAUGACGAAAAUUCGUUCUGCUAAAAAUAAUUAAUAACGACUUGAUACACUUUGAUAAAAGCUGUUGACAUCAAUACAAUACGAUUCCUGAGAUUGGGAUGGGUGGACACACUUCCUCUUGUCUUUAUGCCAUAAAUUAAAUCUGGCAUAUGGACCAACGCAAAUUUUUGUGCAAAGAAUAUGAAGACACGCAUCUAAUGCUACAUCAUUUACCACUCAACUGAGCAGCCAUGAAGUCUGCUCUGGAUGGUAUAGCUGACACCACUUUCCGAACAAUGACUACUGGUUUGCAGUAUCUUGGCUCCAACGAUGUGAGCUAUGAUGACACGUCCAUUGAUUCUGGCUUCGCCAAGACUGGAUUCCACUUACAGAAGACUCACUCUGCCCCACUUAGUAACUCCUUCCCUGGACAAGUACCUGGGGACAAGGAGCUCAUCUAUAAUGGCAACUCCAUUUACCCGACCAACUUCUCUGAAAUGCUUGGCAAUGGGACCCGAUGGGAGGGCGGGGGUUCUAUCCAAUGCGGGGAGAACAUUGUGGACAUGGAGUGCUUCAUGAUUCUGACCCCCAGCCAGCAGUUAGUAGUAGCGGUCAUGGCACUCACCCUGGGAACCUUCACAGUGCUGGAGAACCUUAUCGUAUUGUGUGUGAUCCUCCACUCCCACACCCUGCGCUGUCGGCCCUCAUACCACUUCAUAGGAAGCCUGGCUGUAGCCGACCUUCUGGGCAGUGUCAUAUUUGUGUACAGUUUCUUGGACUUCCAUGUACUGCACCGGAAGGACAGCCCCAAUGUGUUUCUAUUUAAACUCAGUGGAGUCAUCGCCUCUUUCACUGCCUCUGUGGGCAGUCUCUUUCUCACGGCCAUAGACCGCUAUAUCUCCAUACACAGGCCGAUGGCUUACAAGCAGAUCGUCACCAAGAACAAGGCUGUCAUUGCCUUCUGCAUGAUGUGGACUAUCUCCAUCGUCAUUGCGAUUCUCCCCCUACUGGGCUGGAACUGUAAACAACUGAACUCGGUGUGCUCAGACAUUUUCCCGCUCAUCGACGAGAAGUACCUGAUGUUCUGGAUAGGGAUGACCAGUGUACUGCUUCUAUUCAUCAUCUACGCCUACAUGUUCAUCCUGUGGAAGGCCCACCACCACACUGUGCGCAUGAUGAGCCGCAGCUCCCAGAAGAGCAUCAUUGUCUACAUGGCAGACGGUACCAAGGUGCAGACCAUGCGUCCUGAGCAGGCCCGUAUGGACAUCCGCCUGGCCAAGACCUUGGUGCUAAUCCUGGUGGUCCUCAUCAUCUGCUGGGGCCCUGUGCUAGCCAUCAUGGUCUACGACCUCUUCUGGAAGAUGAACAACUUCAUCAAGACGGUCUUUGCCUUCUGCAGCAUGCUCUGCCUGCUCAACUCCACCGUCAACCCCAUAAUCUAUGCACUGAGGAGUAAGGACCUGCGCCGGGGCUUCCUUAACAUCUGCCAGACGUGCAGGGGAACUUCUCAACCACUGGACAACAGCGCUGAGUCCGAUUGCCAUAGCAGGAGCGUCAAAGGCACAGCCACAGCCUACAAAUCCUCGGCUAGCUAUGCAAACACCACUGUAAAAGAGGCCAAAGUCAACCUGUCGGUCUCCGCAGAGGCGGUCUGAGAUACUGUCUGCCAUCAUGUGACUGUGAAGGUAUCGACUGUGAAGAAUUAAUGUAGAAUAGACACUACCCCAACUAACGCUGCCCAGAAAGUUUGCCAAACAUGAACUACAAAUUAAAGUCUAUGAAACUGUAACACAAGAUAAUGUGGAUUAUUAUACUGAACAAUAAUAUAAACCCAACAUGUAAAGUGUUGGCCCCAUGUUUCAUGAGCUGAAAUAAAAAA